AUGGCAGAAAAACAAAAAGACAUCUCAUCGCUCCGUGAGCCCAGCAUCGAUGAAGGGCAACUAGCCGCCGAGAAGGAGAUGCGCGAUAUCGGCGCAGACUUGUAUCAUGAAGUGAGGCAAUACUCAAGAGAAGAGCUGGAUGCUGAGCGGAAGGUCGUUCUCCGCAAAAUUGACUGGGUCAUAAUGCCUAUGAUAUGCAUAACAUACACUAUCCAGUUUCUCGAUAAGCUCUCCCUCAAUUACGCCAACGCCUACACCCUCACCCCCGAUCUCGGUCUUCAAGGGGCGCGGUACGGAUGGGUAGCCGCGAUUUUUAAUUUUGGGUACCUCUUCUGGGCACUUCCGGCCAACUAUCUUAUCCAACGUCUACCGGUCUCAAAGUACACAGGCUCGAUGAUUCUGCUCUGGUCGAUUCUCUUGGGUUGUCAUGUCGCUGCGAAAAAUUACGCAGGUAUUUUGGCUCUACGCUUCUUGUUGGGCAUGUUCGAAGCCUCAAUUUCGCCAGCUAUCAUGAAUAUUGUAUCCAUGUUCUACACGCGAUCCGAGCAACCGCUUCGCAUGUGCGUUUUUCUUGCCUUUAACGGCAUGGCGACCAUGGUCGGCGCACUACUCGGCUACGGACUGGGUCACGCACACAGCCCCCACAUCAAGACAUGGCAGCUUAUUUUUCUCGUCAUCGGGCUUUUGAACUUCGUCUGGGGAUGGAUUUUCCUAUGGGUUAUGCCAGACUCUCCCUCUUCUGCUAAAUUUUUAACGCACAAACAGCGAAUUGUGGCAAUUGAUAGGAUUGCGAGUAACAUGAUCGGCGUCAAGACGAAGCAAUUCCACAAGUCGCAGGCUAUCGAAGCACUUCUCGAUUUCAAAGUACAUUGUCUUUUCAUCAUAGGCUUGGGAUGCGGUGUCGUGAACGGCGGAGUAUCGAAUUUCGCCUCCGCUUUGAUCAAAGGCUUCGGUUUCUCUGGCAUCAGUACUACGCUGCUGCAACUUCCUACCGGCGCGAUAGAAUUCUUUGUUGUACCCAUAUGUGGUCUCGCAGCCGGAUACUUCAAGAACACUCGCUGUCUCAUUCUGGCCUUCAUCUGCUUACCGCCUUUGGCCGGCCUUCUCGGUAUUCGCCUGACUCCCUUAUCCCACCGCUGGACUCUCGUCGGAUGCACUUGGCUGCAAUAUAUUGUAGGCGCCCCGGUUAUCCUGUCCUGGAACCUGCUCACGACCAACAUCGCGGGCCAUACGAAACGCAGCACUGCUAAUGGGUUGUGGUUCUUGUUCUAUGCGGCGGGUAAUAUUGCGGGAGCUAACAUCUUCUUUGCGAGGGAAGCUCCGAGAUACUUCUCUGCGCUGACGGGACUGAUUGUGUGUUAUUGUGGGAUGGUGGUGGUUGCACUAGCUUUGAUGCUGUACAUGUCAUGGGAAAACAAGCGUAGAGAUAGGAAGUACGGACAAGGUGAAGACGAGCAGGCGGUACAGGAUGGCUUUAGUGACUUGACGGAUGGACAGGCUAAGCACUUCAGAUAUGCGUUGUGA